GUCUGCAAAAAUGUUAGCACUCCUGAUUGUAUGAUGCCUAGUAAAAUGGCAUCAUGCUGGCCCUCCAUCCUAGUAUUCAACCUUCUCCUACUUUGUUCAGAAGAAAAUGCACUGGGGUGCCCUGCCCGUUGUGAAUGCACACCACAAAUCCGGUCUGUUAUCUGUCACCGUAAGCGCCUGUCAGCAAUUCCUGAUGGCAUUCCCUCUGAAACAAAGCAUUUGGACCUUAGUAAGAAUCGUAUUCGCUGCCUGAAUCCUGGUGAGUUUUCAUCCUUCCCCCAACUGGAAGAAGUGGACCUUAGUGAAAAUAUUAUCUCAGUUAUUGAGCCAGGAGCAUUUGCUAACCUCUUCUACCUACAAACCUUGAAGUUAAAAGGUAAUCAGCUGAAACUUAUUCCAGCAGGGGUAUUCAACAAACUUAGCAAUCUGACUUUUUUGGAUAUUAGUGAAAAUAAAAUUGUAAUUUUGUUGGACUUCAUGUUCCAGGAUUUACGGAACUUGAAAAGCCUUGAAGUUGGAGACAAUGAACUGUUGUACAUUUCACAGAAAGCCUUUUCUGGAUUAGUAGGUCUAGAACAACUAACAAUUGAAAAAUGCAACUUAACUUCUAUAUCUGCCGACUCACUGUCUUAUCUGCAAGGUCUUGACAUUCUUAAACUUCGGAAUUUGGGCAUUAGUAAUUUAGAAGAACAAAAUUUUCAGAAACUUUCUUGCCUCAAACAACUAGAAAUUGACUAUUGGCCUUUUCUAGAGGAAGUCUGCCCAACAGCUUUUCAAGGACUAAAUCUUACCUCUCUUUCCAUCACUUAUACCAACCUUACAUCAGUACCAGCAACUGCUCUAAGAAGUCUUACUUACUUGGAAUAUCUAAAUCUAUCUUACAACCCUAUUAGGAUUAUUCAGCGGGGUUCCUUCCGUGACCUAAUCAGGCUCAAAGAGCUUCACGUAGUAGGAGCUUCUCUCACUAUGGUAGAAUCCCAAGCCUUUUAUGGCCUGAGACAGAUCCGACUCCUGAAUGUCUCUAAUAAUCUCCUAUCAACUUUGGAGGAGAGCGCUUUUCAAUCAGUCAAUACUCUAGAGACACUGCGAGUGGAUGCCAAUCCCCUUGCUUGUGACUGCCGACUUCUAUGGAUCUUGCAGCGAAGAAAAACCCUCAAUUUUGAUGUCCACCAGCCUGUCUGUGCUUCCCCUGUUGAGAUUCAAGGCAGUGCUUUAUGUGACUUCCCAGAUUCAAUACUUUUUGAAUAUUUCACAUGCCAAAAACCCAAAAUAAAGGACCGAAAACUGCAACACAUUACAGCCCAUGAAGGGCAGGUGGUAUCAUUCCACUGUAAGGCAGAUGGAGAACCUGUUCCACUCAUUGUCUGGGUCUCACCACAGAGAAGGAUGAUUACAAGCAGGAGUGUAGGAAGAUCUACUGUUCUGCCAGAAGGUACCCUGGAGAUAAGAUAUGCUCAAGUACAAGAUAGUGGGACGUAUAUUUGUAUUGCAACUAAUGCUGGUGGGAAUGAUACUUACUUUGCAACACUGACUGUAAAAGGGGACAACUCUCCAUAUUCCAAUCGAACACUGUAUUUAUCAGAAUAUAAUGAUACCUCUCACAAUGACACCCAUGUUUUUUUGAAGUUUACCCUGGACCUGAAAACAAUUUUGGUGUCAACAGCCAUGGGAUGCAUUACAUUCUUGGGAGUUGUACUUUUUUGCUUCCUUCUUCUCUUUGUAUGGAGCAGAGGAAGAGGACAACAUAAAAAUAACUUCACAGUGGAGUAUUCAUUCCGUAAGGUUGAUGGGCCUGCCUCUGUUGCUGGUCAAGGUGGAGCUAGAAAGUUCAAUAUGAAAAUGAUAUGAAACUUGAAGACUAAGUAAUACUUUAGGACACUGUGAAUUUUGCUAAUUAAAGGUAGUGAACUAAAAAGUGUGCCUCAUCCAUGAGAUUAUAUUACCUGCCUGUAAUUACAUGCUUAUGGCAUCUUCCAUUCAUAUUAAUUACAAGGGCUAUUGAUGGCUCUUGCCAAGUGGAUUGUCUUUACCAGCCAAUCACAUCUGUUGUGCGUGACUGAACAGAGCUGGUUUAAACUGCAAAACCCAGAAUUCCAAGAGCUGAGUGCCUCACCCACACUACACAGUAAAUAUGACAAGUUGACAG